AAUUCUGAAACUCAUCACCUACCACUGAUAACUCCACCCCUUCCUCUUCAUCAUUUCAUCACUGUCACUGACAUUACAUUUAUUUCCAUCCAUGUCCCCGACCACCUUUGUUCCUGUUUUUCUCUUCUCACCUUAGAUUCAGUGUUUCAUUCACAGUCACAUUUCCAAGGAUUUUUCACCUAUAUAGACAUUGUUGCUUUUGCUGAUAAAUAAACAACUACCCAGAUUCAAAGAUCUGGUCUUUUUGUUUCCUUCAUCUGUUUCAGCCUCGUUGCUUGUCACGGGGCUGUUUCUGAGAUCUGAGAAUUCACUUGUUGGGUUUCAACUUUCAAGUCUUUGUAGGAAAUGGGUUCUAGUCUUAAUGCUGAAUUAUUGAAGAAAACUCCAAUUUGGGGUCUUAAGGUUUGGGAAAUAAUUGCAAUUGCAGUUGGAUUGACCAUUAUUGUCAUCCUCUCUGGGUUCUCACUUUGCCUCACUUCAAGGAAGAAAUCUAGAAAAGACAAUAAGGACAACAAGAUUCCUCUUAGUCAGAUACCAUCUGUGUCAAAGGAAAUCAAGGAGGUGCGGGUCGAGCACGUUCCGACAAAUGGAUUUGCUCCUCGUGAUGGAAUAUUGCUUACCAUUCAUGAUAAAUCCAGUGAUAAGGAAUCAGACAAAGUCAUGGUUCAUUUGGGUUUGGGGGGGAAGAUGAAGAAUGGGGAUAGUAGUGGUCAUUCAGGUUCAUUUCAUCAUAGUAUAGAGAAAGAUGGAGGUGGGUCACUCUCACAAUCAGGAGAAGAAGGUAGCUCUGGCUCAGUUACUGUGUACAAGCACUCUUCAUAUCCUAUAACAGCUCCUUCGCCUUUGAAUGGCCUUCCAGAAUUCUCUCACUUGGGUUGGGGUCACUGGUUCACCUUGAGGGAUCUUGAGCUUGCUACAGGCCGUUUUACAAAAGACAAUGUCCUUGGUGAAGGUGGAUAUGGAGUUGUUUACAAGGGACAAUUGAUCAAUGGGACUCCAGUGGCAGUUAAAAAGAUACUCAAUAAUAUUGGUCAAGCAGAGAAGGAAUUCAGAGUGGAAGUUGAAGCUAUUGGCCAUGUUAGACACAAAAAUUUGGUUCGCCUUUUGGGGUACUGUGUUGAAGGAACUCAUAGGAUGUUAGUGUAUGAGUAUGUCAAUAAUGGAAACUUGGAGCAAUGGCUUCAUGGAGCUAUGCGUCACCACGGAUAUCUUACCUGGGAAGCGCGUAUCAAGAUUCUCCUUGGUACAGCCAAAGCGCUUGCAUAUUUGCAUGAAGCAAUUGAGCCAAAGGUGGUACACAGAGAUAUCAAGUCAAGCAAUAUAUUAAUUGAUGAUGAUUUCAAUGCUAAGGUUUCUGAUUUUGGCCUGGCUAAGUUAUUGGGUGCUGGGAAGAGUCAUGUGACAACGCGAGUUAUGGGAACCUUUGGAUACGUCGCUCCUGAAUAUGCAAAUACUGGCCUUCUAAAUGAAAAGAGUGAUGUUUAUAGCUUUGGUGUUUUGCUAUUGGAAGGAAUAACUGGGAGAGAUCCAGUUGACUAUGGUCGUCCAACCAAUGAAGUGAAUCUGGUUGAUUGGCUGAAGAUGAUGGUUGGAAGCAGGAGGUCAGAAGAAGUGGUGGACCCAAACAUUGAGGUGAAGCCAUCAACUAGAGCUUUAAAACGGGCUCUCUUAACUGCUUUAAGAUGUGUAGAUCCAGAUUCUGAGAAAAGGCCCAAGAUGAGCCAAGUUGUGCGUAUGCUGGAGUCAGAGGAAUAUCCUUUACCAAGAGAGGAUAGAAGGCACCGAAGAAGAAAUCAAGGAGGAAGUGCAGAAAUUGAAUCACAGAGGGAAUUUUCUGACACAGACAGGAGUGAAAUUCAGAGUUCUAGAGAAGAGAGCGCAGUGUAACAUCAGACAUGACCCAAAGACAGAUUCUUCUUAAGAAUCAAUGAAUGGAUUAAUGGGAUGUAUAAAGUGUUAGUUUUUUCCCCAUAGUUUUUUAGAUUCUUGGAUUUGCCUACCUAAGAUGGACAUUGCAAAGGGGUUGGCAGCUGGAGAUAUCUUAAUUUAUUUUUUUCUUAAUGCUUUGGGUUUUGGAGUCUUAUUUGUUUGUAGAAGGAUAGAUUAUUGUUUGUGUAUGAAGGUGGUGGUUGUAUUGCUAAGAUAAAAACCCAAGAUGCUGGGGCGUGUACAGAGUCGGAUAUCUUCCCUAAUUCCAAUAUUUGUUUAGUAAAUC